AUGUUCCAAUGGCGUCGCGCCACAGCUCAACAAGUUUAUGAUAAGGCAGAGGAGAUUGCAAAUCAUAUCGAAUCCACUCGCCUGUCCAAUCCGUCGGUCUCCACUAUUCGCGCCCCUUCCUCUGCUACCCCCACUCCCACUUCCAACCCCACUCCCAUUUGUACUCGUCUUAAUGUUGGGGACAAUGUUUACAUGAUUGAUCCCACCACUUGUCGCGCCAAGAAAGGCGCUAUCACUUCCAUUGAUACUAUGAUUCCCUUCCCAUCUUUAAAAAAGGAUGAGUGCCCUGCUGCUGCUGCCCCAGUAAAGCCUAUUAUUGCCCCCGUCCCUGUUUUAGCUUCAAAUUCUAAGGGCCCAGGCCCCAUGGACCUUGAUGGAAGGGGCUUUACAAAUCUCACCUGUCAUGUAUGCGGCGGUAAAGGCCACUUUGCACGCAAUUGUCCUUCAAAACCCAUGUCUGGACAUGUGGCUAACGUCGAAUGGUCUUGGGAAAGGCCUAAAGAAGAAAACCAAAUUGAAGUUGUCUCUGAUGAGGAGGAGUUGGGAAAAGGAAAAGCCAAGGCCAACUAA